UUGGCAUGGAGAAGAACAGAGCCAAUCAGCUUCAGUUUUCAAGAGUUGAGGCCAAACUAGUCUAGAGAGAGAAAGAGAAGAGAGUCUGUGAGGGAGAGAUGGGAUCAAAUUUUUCCAUGGCGUACAACACCACUUCGACCGCGGAUGGCUCGUCGUCGAAGCCUUCUCGAAUUGUCACAUUCCACUCUUCCGCCCGUUGGAAGGCUCACUUUGAUGCCUGCAAAGCUUCCUCUAAGCUGCUGGUGAUUGAUUUCACGGCAUCGUGGUGCGGUCCCUGUAAAUACAUCGAACCAGCCGUCAUUGAGAUGGCCAACAAAUAUACCGACGUCGAGUUUGCCAAGAUCGAUGUCGAUGAGUUAAUGGAUGUGGCACAGGAAUAUAGGGUGCAGGCGAUGCCAACUUUCAUUCUGAUCAAAGAAGGGAAGGAAGUGGACAAGGUUGUUGGUGCCAA